AUGUCCGGCGAGGGCCCCGAGUCAAUCCCCACCUCGGCCGACCCGCGCUCGCGUCGCCCGACAAAGAAGCGUGCUCUGACGCCCGUCACCGAGCAUGCCAAACGCCUCGAGUCCCUCUUCUCCAAACCCGACCAGGAGAUCCGCCUCCCCCCCGCCCCUGGGGCUGUUGCUAAGCGUGCCGUCGCCACGCCUCCCGAGAUUGUCACAAACGUCCAGGGCUCCAGUGCCGGCGCGGGCUCCGGCGAGUUCCACGUUUACAAAGCCAGCCGCCGCCGCGAGUAUGACCGUCUACGUGCCAUGGACGAGGAGGUCAAACAGGAGAAAGAAAACGAGGAGUUUGAGCGCCUAAAGGCCGAGCGCGCUGCCCGCGACGAGGAGCGCACAAGGAAGAAUCGCGAGAGGCGGGAGAAGAAAAAGCAAAAAGGGAAAAAACAUCUCGCCGCGAAGGGUCCCGGUGGCGCUGUCCCCGACGUGAAGGUAACGGCGCCGACAGGCAAGGGCAAUGAUGCCAAGGAUGGGAACGGAGAAACCAAGGACACGGAGACUACAUCAGGGGAAGCUGCCCAGCCUGCUGGGCUCAUCAUCCACGACGACGACUGA